GAGGCGGGAGACACUCGGGGUGGGAGCUUCGGCCGCCCACGCUGCCCCUCGGUUUGUGGGUUCACUUCCCAGCUCCCGAGCGAAAGGUUUACGGGUUCGCCUCCCAGCGCGAGCGCUAGCGAGCGUCGUUCCCGGCUUGUAGCCCGUAGCCGUAGCCGGGCGGUGCUGCGUGGCCCAGGUCCAUUAGAUUUAAGUUGCGAGUUCUCUCUGGGCACCAGUAAAUGUGGACAUGCCAGUUGGGAGAUAAGAAGAUUGCAGCCAAAAGAAGAACCAUGGCUUUGGAAGGUGGAGUCCAGUCUGAGGAGCCUCUGUGCAUGCGGGAAGCAUAAUCGGGCAGCCAUGGAGUGGGACAACGGGACAGGACAGGCCCCAGGCUCACCGCCCACCACCUGUGUCUACCAAGAGAACUUCAAGAGACUGCUACUGCCACCUGUGUACUCAGUGGUGCUGGCGGCCGGCCUGCCACUGAACGCCUGUGUCAUCGCCCAGAUCAGCACAUCCCGCCGGGCCCUGACCCGCACGGCCGUGUACACCCUGAACCUGGCCCUGGCCGAUCUGCUCUACGCCUGCUCCCUGCCCCUGCUCAUCUACAACUAUGCCCAAGGUGACCACUGGCCUUUUGGCGACCUCGCCUGCCGCCUGGUCCGCUUCCUGUUUUACGCCAACCUACACGGUAGCAUCCUCUUCCUCACCUGCAUCAGUUUCCAGCGCUACCUGGGCAUCUGCCACCCACUGGCCCCCUGGCACAAGCGUGGGGGCCGCCGCGCCGCCUGGGUAGUGUGUGGGGCCGUGUGGCUGGCUGUGGCGACCCAGUGUCUGCCCACAGCCCUCUUUGCUGCCACAGGCAUCCAGCGUAACCGCACUGUCUGCUACGACCUGAGCCCACCUGCCCUGGCCUCCCACUAUAUGCCCUACGGCAUGGCCCUCACGGUCAUCGGCUUUCUGCUGCCCUUUGCCGCCCUGCUGGCCUGCUACUGCCGCCUAGCUUACCAUCUGUGCCGCCAGGACGGCCCAGCAGGGCCAGUGGCCCGGGAGCGGCGUGGCAAGGCAGCCCGCAUGGCGGUAGUGGUGGCAGCCGCCUUUGCCAUCAGCUUCCUGCCCUUCCAUGUCACCAAGACAGCCUACCUGGCGGUGCGCUCUACAUCUGGGGUCCCCUGCCCUGUGCUGGAGGCCUUUGCAGCUGCCUACAAAGUCACACGGCCCUUUGCCAGUGCCAACAGCGUGCUGGAUCCCAUUCUCUUCUACUUCACUCAGAAGAAGUUCCGCCGGAGGCCACAUGAGCUGCUGCAGAAACUCACGGCCAAGUGGCAGCGACGGGGUCCCUGAGCCCAGUGGGGACAAGGACACCUGGGGCCGUGGCGCCGGAAGCCCCACCAACCCCAAACUGUGCAGAGAAUUAGAGCUUAGCUCAGCUGGGCAUGGAGUGAGGUCGCCCCACAGACUCCAAAAUCUCAACCAAUGACUAUUUAUUGAGCUCUUUCUCUGGACUGGGCCGUGUGGGCACAGAGAGACAAGCUCGGACCUGGCUCUCCAGAAGGUCCCAGUCAGCCCUGGAGAGGCAGGGAAGCCAUGUUAAGCUGCUCACAAAAAUGGCGUGUGACAUGCACUGUAAUUGAGGAGCAUGCCGAAUGUUUUGGAGUCACCAAUAAAGGGAGUGAGGGAAGAUGGGAGGAGGAAGUGAGGGCUUCUGGAAAGGAGCAUUUGAGCUGGAUUUUGAGGGAUGAAUAUGAGCUCUCUGGAGGAAUGUGAUGUUCCAUUCAUUCAGCAAAACUUUACCUACACCUUGUGCUUGGGCCUGGGUUGAUUCCAGCGCCCCAGGAGAACAAGUCCCAGCUCUGCCCCAUAUAGGCUCCCAACUACUGGAUAUACUGACAUUUGACAAAGUGAUGUCAAGGCUGUGACAGAGGGAAGCAUGGCUGGCGGGGAGGGGUGAACAGAGGAUACCCAUGAUCCAGUCCAAGGAGUCAGGAAAGAUUUCUCAGGGUGGGGCUGGGGGGCAUCUGAACCAGAUGUUGAGGGUUGAGUGGCAGGUCAGCAAAUGGAAGUGGGGAGCGUGUUCACCCAGCCUGGGAUGGCCCUAAUCUAGACUCUGCGCUGGAGGAGAUGGGUAGAGAGCUGGAGUGGGGGGCAGGCAUAUGGUCUGCUGUGUGUGAAAGUUGAGAAAACAAAAGCUGUCCCAUGGCCACCCUUCAGGCUGUGGGGGCUGAGCAGAGGGAAGAAUCAGGGAGCACUUCUUCAAAGAGUGGAGCUUAAGCCAGGGAGGAAUCCAAAAGACAGAAGGAGGCUGCUCCUGAUGGAAGGCACUGGGUGCAUAAAACCCAGAGGCAGAGACCUGUUGAAUCUGGCUGCAAAUCAAUAGUGAGUUUCAGUUAAGUCCAAGAGGGGAUGGAGUGGGUGGGACCAGAGCAUUGAAUGCCAGGAAGAGCCCCAGACCCCACCUCUCCUCCACCUAUCUCUUCGCAUGGGCCUCUUUCAGCCUCAGGGUAUCCUGGGUGCCUGAGGAACCCUCCACCAGGCCCCCCCAAGUGAAGGGAAAUAGCCCUUCAAUAUUGCUUCAUUCUAGAAGGAGAAGUCAACUUGAAGAGACUCAGGGCCAUGCCAGGGCUACCAGGAGGCUGCCACAUGGAGGUGCAGAAGUCCUGUGGCCAGUCUCAAGACAGACUGUUCCAUGGGUUCUGCUCCUGCCCUCUCACCUUCAUCAUUCUGGCCUGUGGGUGCCUGGGAGGCUGCUGGAGGCCAUCUCACAGGGGCAUCUCAAACACAGACCUGAGCCUUCAAAAGCUUUGGAAAGGCAUCUUCACGGAAGGUCUCUGAGAAGACAGCCAAGCGAUUCUGCCACAUAAGGCCUCUUUACCUGCUCUCCCCACCCACCCCUCCUUUCGGCCCCACCCACACAGCUCCUCACCCUCUCUGCUCCUUUUCCUCAUAUCUCCACACACACCCCCACCGGACCCCCCCUCACUUCUCCUCCAUUCCUUAUUCCUUCCUCCCAGGUCCCAGCUUUCCACCUGUAGAACAAUUUCACCUGCCCUUGGCUGCUAGUAUACCACUCAGAC